UGAGUGUGGGUGAGUAAGGGUGAGUGAAGGCGAGCUGAGCAAUGCUAUCUAAUAGUAUAGGUAAGUAUGGGUGAUUAGUAGGUGAGUAAUUCUGCUUUAUUACCUGCUUAAAUAUAAGGGCCUCCUCUCUUCUUAACCAUUAUCUCUUUUCCUAUCUAUGAAAUAGUUAUUUUCUUAGUUUUUUCCUUAUAGCCUGCCUGCGGAUGCACAGUCUGUGACUAGCAUAGUAGCACCAUUAGCUUAGUCGCUCUGCACAGGCGCUUCAGCUGGGUGGAUCAGGCAUCCGUGCAGGCUGUGAUGGGCAAAUGCAUUAUGUAUGUAGAGUUGGCUUACCCCUAUUGGCGAGAGAACACCUUAGACAUGACACAAACACGACAUUAGCUUGAGUGGAACACUUAAAUAAUGUCUUGUCCAUCAAGCCACUGUCCACCAGCUUCCUGCAACAUGAAGGGUCAGCAGCCAUUGGCAGCAUCAGAAAUGAAGCUGCCCGAGGGGGAACCAACAAUGGAGGAGCAUAACCUGCCAGACAUGCGCAUCUUCAUCGAGGAGACGCUCAAUCGCCAGGGGCUUCGCAACGCACCGCCCGGCUCGAACCAGCAAAAGGCACAAGACAAGAUCAUCGAGAAGCUGUUGGAAAAUGUGAAGGGGAGCUAUUCGAGGCUGAAGUUUGGCCUGGAUGAUGUGAUUCGUCUGCUGAGCACACGCACGGCGAUCCUGGAGCUAGAUCAGAUGCUGGACCAGUCCAUCAGCAGCCAUGAGGCCGCCAUCAAGAACCUGCAACAGUCGUUGACGGCCAACCAGAUCAAGGAGUGAAAUGAAUUGCUCAAGUGGGUUCUGUAUAGAAAUGAGCCUAUGACGUUGGACCAGCUCGUGGCCGCGAUGAUGAGUGGGUAGUCCUGUAUCAAUACAAGA